AUGCCUGUUCCCUGCGCUGACCGGACGAGACGGUGCCUAUUUUUUUCCUCCCUCCAUCAUCCCCCCUCUGUCUUUCUCAGGAGAUGAUGCUCAGCUCAGGCACACCUGCUUUUCACCUCUCGGCUCAGGCUUAAGUGUCAUUUCUCCCGGUUUUCCGCCAACCUUCGCUCCGGUAUUCAGACAGAGCUGCCUGUGUCGGCGGCUGAUCCUCCUCUUUAUAUUUUGCUCGUCCUCCUCCCUGCUCUCGGCGAGGGCUGCCGGGGAUGGAAGCCCGCGCUGGUCGCCUCUUCAUGGACUCGCUAUUGACGGCUAUUCUCAUUCGCGCUGUAUCUCAGAGGUGCUGACUGGAAAAACAUGCCGUUGAAAUGGAAAAGCGGUUCGCCCGUCAGCUGGAAAUUUCCAGUGCCCGUCCUUAAAACGUCCAGGUCCUCCCCACUCUCGCCUGCAUAUAUCCACCAGCACUCGUUUGUGGUGUGGACCACCCACUCUCUGCUUGCUGCAUCUCCAACCUAUCACCUGACAGGAUCACUGGUGGAGGAUGAUGAUGCUCAGAUGAUGAAGGUGUCGCUGGGAUGCAGUGAAAUGGGGCUGUCCUCCCACUUGCAGGCCUCGAAAACAGGAAACACACGCUUCUUUACCAGCAACACACACAGCUCUGUGGUUUUACAGGGUUUUGACCAGUUGAGGAUAGAGGGCCUGCUGUGUGAUGUCACAUUGGUGGCGGGAGACGGGGAUGAAGUGUUUCCUGUUCACCGAGCCAUGAUGGCCUCUUCCAGCGACUACUUUAAAGCCAUGUUUACAGGUGGAAUGAAAGAGCAGGAUUUGAUGUGUAUAAAGCUGCAUGGUGUGAAUCGAAUAGGGCUAAAGAAGAUUAUAGACUUCAUUUACACCGCCAAACUCUCUCUCAACAUGGAGAAUCUACAGGACACCCUAGAGGCUGCUAGCUUUCUCCAGAUCCUGCCUGUCCUUGACUUCUGCAAAGUCUUUCUCAUUUCUGGGGUGUCGUUGGACAACUGUGUAGAAGUGGGGCGCAUCGCCAACACCUACAACCUCACGGAGGUAGACAAAUACGUCAACAACUUCAUCCUAAAGAAUUUUCCCUCGCUGCUCGGCACUGGCGAGUUUGUCAAACUUCCUUUCGAACGUCUAGCGUUUGUGCUCUCCUCCAACAGUCUAAAACACUGCAGCGAACUGGACCUGUUCAAAGCUGCGUGCCGCUGGUUACGCUAUGAAGAAAGUCGCAUGGAAUAUGCUGCCAAACUAAUGCGCAAUAUCCGAUUCCCCCUCAUGAGCCCAACAGAACUCAUAAACCACGUACAAACUGUCGACUUCAUGCGUACGGACAAUACCUGUGUUAAUCUUUUAUUAGAAGCCAGCAACUACCAGAUGAUGCCAUACAUGCAGCCGGUGAUGCAGUCGGAAAGAACUGCGAUCCGUUCAGACAAUACCCAUUUAGUGACGCUAGGGGGUGUUCUACGGCAACAACUGGUUGUAAGCAAAGAGUUACGACUUUUUGACGAAAAAGCACACGAAUGGAAAGCACUGGCACCCAUGGACGCCCCGCGCUACCAACACGGGAUUGCGGUAAUCGGGAACUUUUUGUAUGUGGUCGGGGGACAAAGUAACUAUGACACGAAAGGUAAAACAGCUGUGGAUACUGUGUUUCGAUACGAUCCGAGGUAUAACAAGUGGAUUCAGGUGGCGUGUCUGAAUGAGAAGAGGACCUUCUUUCAUUUGAGCGCACUCAAAGGACAUCUAUAUGCUGUGGGCGGGAGAAACGCUGCAGGAGAGCUGGCAACUGUGGAGUGUUAUAACCCUAGGACAAACGAAUGGUCGUAUGUGGCCAAAAUGAACGAGCCCCAUUAUGGACACGCAGGCACUGUUUACGGAGGAUACAUGUAUAUUUCAGGUGGAAUAACCCACGACACCUUCCAGAAGGAGCUCAUGUGCUUUGACCCGGAUGCUGAUAAGUGGACUCAGAAGGCUCCCAUGACGACGGUCCGCGGUCUUCACUGCAUGUGCACAGUGGGCGAUCGUCUCUAUGUCAUCGGCGGAAACCACUUCCGGGGCACCAGCGACUACGACGACGUGCUGAGCUGCGAGUACUACAGUCCCGCCCUGGACCUGUGGACACCGAUCGCGGCCAUGCUCCGGGGGCAAAGUGACGUGGGUGUGGCCGUGUUCGAGAACAAGAUCUACGUUGUGGGCGGCUACUCGUGGAACAACCGCUGCAUGGUGGAGAUCGUCCAGAAGUACGACCCCGAGAAGGACGAAUGGCACAAAGUGUUCGACCUGCCUGAGUCCCUGGGCGGCAUCAGGGCCUGCACACUGACGGUGUUUCCACCUGAGGACCUCUCGCUCACCGGCUCGCCUAACCGCGAGUCUCCUCUCUCGGCUCCUUGAGAAUGGAUGGAGGGAGAGUGAGAGAGACAGAGGAAUAAAAUGGACUGGCUGAUUGAUUGACAGACAUAUACAGAUGGAUGAGUAGAAGCAACUCCAUCGCCGUAUAGACAUGCACCCCUGUCUCUCUUGUUCUCUCUCUCUCUCUCUCUCUCUCUCUCUCUCUCUCUCUCUCUCUCUCUCUCUCUCUCUCUCUCUCUGUCCCCACAGGAAAAAGACAAUGUUUGCACUCCCCACUGAUAUACGUUUCAAUGGUGUCUGUGGUAAAACCCCGUCCCUUCCCUCAAACGAUUCCACUUCUCUUCCUCAUCACUCUGCUCCUCUCCUCCUGAGAGUGAAUACUGAAAAGUCCUUCCAUCCCCCCUCGAUGAGAAAGAAAAAUGGAAGCACUCCCAGGGUUGGUCGUAACUACAUGUUAACAUUGCAUUAGGGGGUUUGUUUUGUCUCUUUUGGCAGGAAUAACCUUGACUUGAACAACAAAUGACUUUGCAAUUCAACUUUUCUACCUGAGUCUCCAGAGUUUUGCUAUGAAGACUACGUUUCCCUGAUCCCUCCUAUUCUGAGGUCGCUCACCCCCUAACUUCUCUCUUUCUUCCCUUUAUGCCUGCUCAUUUUUCCCAUCUCUGUCCACUCUCAGCCUUUGCCCAGUUUUUUACCCUCAUUCUCUUGUCCUCACUCAGGGGGUUAGUUGACCUUCGACCACAGGAUAAGGAAACUGUUUUAAACUCAGGGGUUGGCCUGCCCCCAUCCAUCCCUGCCUAACUGAUAUUUCAUUUCUCUACUCCUGCUGUUGUUAUGAACCAUUAACAGAAUUGUGUUUUCUAAAUUUAAUAAACAAGAUUUUGAGGAAAAAAAGAA